AUGCAAGUUGUUCAAUUAACUGAGGAAUUUACCCGAUUAAAUGGUGUCAAAGAUCAAGCAAUAACUAAACCUGUAUCACUUGAUGAUAACACAGGUGAAGUUGUGGUGCGUACAUCUACCGGUAAGAGCAAAAUACGGAAGGGUCAAACUGAAGAGGAAUAUCGGCACCAGUUGAAGCUCUACUUUGAAGAUGAACGAGGCCCACAAGUUACAGAAAUAGGAUGGCUCGAUGAAUAUAUAGUCGAUCAAGACAAAAUAUUUAGCGAAGAAUCUCUCUUCCAUGACCUAUCAAUAAAACAUAAUAGACAAACAGUAAGUGGGAUAUGUCACAAACUUUAUUACCAGCGUGAUUACGAGAAUUGUGUAUCAUUGGCUCAAAAACUGCGAGAUCUAUUCGAGCCUUACAAUACAAAGAACAAAAUUCACAGAGAGCUUGAAGAACUGGACUAUAUGAUCAGCAAAUGCAAUGAGCGACUGGGUUCAAAGGAGUUUCAAUAA